CUGAAUUGCCAGGCGUCAAGUGAGAGUCCGAUGCUAUGGGCGGUGUUUAAUAAUGCACACUUGUGCACAGACUGGACCCAGCUCCACCAUUCAUGCUAUAUUGCUGUUGGCUUAAAAUGGACAUGUUGAUGUUUGUCUGUCUGCAUCUUGUGUGGUUAUUUUCGGAGAAGUAGUGCUAAUGCUCUCCUCUUGUUUCCAGCCUGCGUCAGUGAGCGCUGUGUAUGCUCACUAACCAGCAAGCAUGAGGGAAACUGGGCAGGGAGUUGGUGCACAGAGAUCGUCUUAAGGGAAGAAAGACUGCUUGAAAACUUUGCAUUAUCUAUUUUCAAUGCCUUGGCCAAGAUGAGCGUGAAGGCCUUUGAGCUCAUCCCGGCUGUGGAGCGGGACCUCCUCAUGGGAGACAAGGCUCGCAUCAACAUUGAAUGUAUAGAAUGCUGUGGAAAACACUUGUAUGUGGGAACCAACGACUGCUUCAUCCACCAUUUCCUGCUCGACGAGGUCACUUCCCCCAAAGGGAGACUAACUUACUCAACUCAAAAACUGCUGCACAAAUACUUGGGCCUUAAGAAGCCAGUGGCUGAGCUGCGGGCUGCCUCUGCUUUGGAGCGUCUCAUAGUGCUUUGCGAUGGAACAGUUUUUCUUGUGGACAUGGUGACUCUGGAAAAUGUGCCGUCAACGGUCGCAGGUGGCGCUAGGAUUAAAGGUGUGACCACAUUCUGCAUUAAUGAGAAUCCGGUGAACGGUGAUCCUUUCUGCAUGGAAAUGGGUGUCCUUUCCUUGAAGCGUAGAACAGUGCAAAUUUACAUGGUCUAUGAGGGCAGGGUACAGCUGGUGAAAGAGGUGAGCACGCCGGAGCAACCCUGUGCUGUCAGUCUCGAUGGUUACUUCCUGUGUCUAGCGUUGGCUACGCGGUACAUGAUCUUGAACUACAACACAGAAGCCGCCCAAGAUCUUUUCCCUUACAACAGUGAGGAGCGGAGGCCCAUUGUAAAGAGGAUUGCCCGGGAGGAGUUCCUCUUGGCGGCUCCAGGUGGUCUUGGAAUGUUUGCCAACGCUGAAGGGGCUUCGCAACGGGCUCCCGUCAACUGGUCUGAGACUGUCAUCGGUGCAGCUGUUUGCUUCCCAUAUGUGGUGGCCUUGGAUGAAAGCUUCAUCACCAUCCACAGCAUGUUGGAUCAACAACUAAAACAGACACUUUCAUUCAGGGACGGACACAUUCUGCAAGACUUUGAAGGGAAGGUCAUUGUGGCAUCCACUAAAGCUGUAUACGUUCUGGUGCCCUUGCCGCUUGAGAGACAGAUCCAGGACUUACUGGCCAGCUGCAGAGUGGAGGAGGCACUUGUCCUUACAGAGGGAGCAAAGAGAAAUAUUCCUAAAGAAAAGUUCUUGGUUUUGCACAAAAGAAUCCUGCAGCAGGCAGGCUUCAUACAGUUUGGCCAACUUCAGUUUGUAGAAGCAAAAGAACAUUUCAGGAAAGGUCAGCUGGAUGUGCGUGAACUGAUUUCUCUCUACCCACUGCUACUGCCAGCUUCAUCUUCCUUCACACGCUGCCACCCUCCUCUCCAUGAGUUUGCAGAUCUCAACCACCUGGCACAGGGUGAUCACAAAAAAGUGAUGAAAUGCAAGAAAUUCCUGAUCAGUUAUUUGACAGAGGGCCGAAGCACAGAGGUACCUAAUGGUUGCAAAGAGGAUGUGGACACUGCGUUGUUAAAAUUGUAUGCUGAACAGGAUCAUGAGAGCCUUCUUGACCUGCUAGCAUCAGACAAUGCCUGCCUGCUCGCAGACUGUGUCCCGUGGCUGGAGAAAUAUCACAAAUAUUUUGCACUUGGACUGCUUUACCAUUCUAAUGGUCAGGAUACAGCAGCACUUCAGAUGUGGAUUCGUGUUGCAGACAAGGAACUGCAGGAUUCUACAAAACCUGAUCUCUUUGAGUACAUUGUAGAUUUUCUCAGCUCCACUGCCGAUGUGAACCUUGUGUGGAAGUAUACAAACUGGGCCCUACAUAAAAAUCCCACUACAGCUGUCCACAUCUUCACUAAGCGGCCUGUUGGUAAAGACCAGUCAGACCUGAAGCCUGAUGAUGUCAUUACAUACCUGGAAAAGCACAGGGAGGCUGUUCUUCUCUACUUGGAACACCUUGUGCUAGAAAGACAGAUUCAGGAGGAGCAAUUCCACACAUAUCUGGCAGACUUAUACCUGGAGAGGGUCUUAUCUUUAGUAUCAGAGUCUCCAAUCAAUGAAAAGGAGCUCAGGAGAGCCAGAGAGAAGCUCCAGGCGCUACUCAGGGAGUCAAAUCUAUACAGUGCUCAGUAUAUUUUAGAUAAGAUGGAAAACUGUGAGCAACUGCUGCUAGAGCGUGCAACUCUAUACGGAAAAUUAGAAGACCAUGAUAAAGCACUCCACAUUUUAGUGCACAAGCUAGGAGACUUCCAAUCUGCUGAGGCCUUUUGUAUUUGGACCUCGUCUUGUCGGGAUUCUGCUUACCGACAGCAGCUGUUCCACCAACUCCUGGGGAUGUAUCUUGACAAAAGUGCCACCGGGAAAUCCCAGUCGUCAGUGUGCAGUGACAGUGGAGAUCUACAAAUGGCAGCAGUGGACCUCCUGAAUCGUCACGGAGAGUUGUUUGAUCCGGUUCAUGUGCUGAGAACACUGCCAGAUGGCUGGUCGCUGCAACUGCUACGGCCCUUUCUGGGUCAAGCCGUAAGAGCUAGUAUGCAUGCCUCGCGCACGUCCCAGAUUGCACUAGGGCUCGCCCACUCCGAACACCUUCAACUACUGCACGACAAGUUGAAAGAGACAAAGAAGCCAAUUGCUGUAUCUGCAAAGAAGGGAUGCCACUUAUGCCACAACACCUUCAGUGACACGGAAGUGGUGUGCCUUCCGGGUGGUGUGCCUGUCCACACACACUGUUUUGCCCAAAGAGUUAGAGACUCCCCAACAAAGAGACAGUUAACUAACAGCAGCAACCACACGUGAGCCCUGGCCCAUCACACAACAAGGUGAUUUUUGAUUGGAAGCAGCAGAAUGAAGCGGGAUGUGCUGGCUUUUGGGGAUGGCUGAUGACUUUGGGGAUGAGGCCAAAGCAUCUCUUGGUGUGGUCAGGUUGCUCAUGGAGUCUGCAAGAAUAACAAAGACAGCUAUGUUUUUGGGAGAAGAGGAAAGUGGAGGUGUGAGAAGGGAGCAGACGCUGUGAGUGUGUGACGCAGUUAACAUAUUCAGAAUUUUAUCGAGGUCAAAGCCAAAUGACCGCCCUUAAUAAUUUAAUCAAAAACAAGACAAACUCCUACACACAUCUGGAGCAUCACUAUUGGUUUGUCCUUACUUUUCAGUUUCACGCAUUGACUGAUCUACAGGUCGUAGUGUCUUAGUUCUGUUGCAAGCUGUUUUUAUGACACAAUUAUACAUAUCCAUAUUAGUCUUAUUAAUCCAACAUGCAUAAUGCAGAGUUGGAUACUAAACUGAAAUGUCUUAUGCAUAAGGCCCAGUAUUUCAGAUAUUUUUUUUACUGUUUACCUUCUGCCCUGAAAGUCCUGGUUGUUGUAAUUAACAACGUACGUCGUAAUUUAGUGUUUAAUCACUUGACUUUGAUGCCUACACCUUAACAGUUUUGCUUUCCCUGUUUCUAAUUUUGUUUAUUUCCCACUUCUAAAUGAAUGAUGGGCAAAUGACAAAAGAGCGUUAAUUUACAAAAAAUAAAACAGGUUUAAAAUUCAAAACACAGUAAUCAUUCCAUUGUUUUAUAAUUUGGGGUCCUAUGUAGCAAAUAAUCUGUAAGUAAUUAAUUACUGUCCAAAAAAAAAUUCAUAAUGGAUGAUGAGAUUGUUUGUCUUAUACAAUGGUUCAGCACGAGGGGAUUUGUAGAAAGAUAAAACCACCACUUGGAUAGUGAAAGAACAGGGUAUUUGUUUGAGCAAUGCAUACUGUUUUCACCCUGACACCACUCCAAAUUCAGUUGAAUUAAAUCCUUUUGUUAUUGCCAAUGUUGCACUCUCGCUCAAAAAAAAUUGAUCAGCCCGUAAACCACAAUAUAGAAACUCUUGAGAACUCUUUACGGUCUGGCAUUAAGGGUCAUGUUUUAAUUCCUGUAAGAUUAUUAGACUUUCUUUUUCACAAAGUAUUUACCCCAAAACAAUCUUAAGAGUUUAAAAUUGUCUUACUCUGCAAAACAUAAAAUAAUUGGUUUCAUUGCAACCACAGAACUUGUUGUCCAGUGUUUAGGAUAAAGGCACAAACUAAAGUUAUGCACUUUAGUCUAUUUCAUAGAUCCUUCAUCAUUAUGACCCGAUUUAAAAUUAUUGGAAUAAAAAAAGACAUCCAGUUGUAUUUUAUAUGUUCUGUUAUGUACAUAAAGCAUUUUUUGUUACCUCUUUGUCACUUUGCAAAUCAACUACAUUGGAGAUGAAAUGCUUAAUCUGCAAAACCAUCCGAUUUAAUAAAUAUGAAACUGAACACUCA